UUCAAAUUUCGACUCAUGUUACGAGUUUUAGUAGUUACACCAUCGGUGCGCGUUGAAUUUUCAAUUUUUUUUACCUUCGCGACUCGCCUCUCGGUCCGGCCUGUUGAGUUUACCGUUACCGCGAUACUCAGUCGUUUGUGUUUCUCACUUCAACCCGCUCCACUUUAUAAAGUUUACGUUUCCGUGAGGGCCCAACUAACAAAUAACAAAAACAUGAUUUUUAAUUUCGCGUUUGUUUUAUGUUUUGCUACGACCCUUUGCUGGGCACAGCACGAAGGUCAUGGUGAUUCUGGUACUGGCAUGCAUAUGAACCACGAAAAACACUGGGUUAACGUAUCAGUUUAUUACGAAUCCUUGUGUCCAGAUUCCAGGAAAUUCUUUACUCAACAACUGUAUCCGUCUCUUCAAGGCAAUCUGUCUAAUUAUGUCAACUUGACUUUGGUUCCAUUUGGUAAAGCAACAGCCGAAUUCACCACUGCUGAAUAUAAGUUCACAUGCCAUCACGGUCCCGCCGAAUGCGAGGGAAACAAAAUUCAGGCUUGCGCGUUAAAAUUGGUUGACAAUGGAAAGAAUAGCGAAGGAGCAGGAUUUAACAGGAAUACCGCGGGUUUUAUUAACUGCCUGAUGGACAAAACAGUCCGAAAUGGUGAUAACGCCACUUUCCCCAUCGAGACUUGCGCUUCAAUCAAUAAAGUAAUCAAUAUGGAGGGAAUUAAAAACUGCACCACUAAUGCUUCAGGUUCCAACUAUCUUGCCGAGCUUGGCCAAAUAACCAAAGAAAUGUUCGACCCAAUCAAAUCAGUUCCAACAAUAGUGUUCAAUGGAAAAUUCAAGAUGGAGGAUAAUAACUUGGCUCAGACAAACUUUGUCAAAGCCUUAUGCCAGUACAUCCAAGGAGAUAAGCCAAGCGAGUGUAAAAAUGGGGCCAAUAAUUUACAAAUUUCCGUUGUUUUCUUAUUGAUGGUUAGUUUAAUAACCAAGUUCAUCAACUAAAUUCAUUCGCCACCAGUUUUUCAAUUAUAAUUGCACAUUAAAACUAUUGUAAUGCUUCAAUUGACAACCAGAGCCAAAUUGAAAAUCUUUUUGAAGUACAAAAAUACUUUUAAGGAUGGAUACUGUAUUCAUUAAAGGAAAAACUGGCCUAAAUUUCUCGAUUCAUUGCAUAUUUUUGUGAUAUUCUUUAUGUAGUCCUAUAUGGUUUUAAUAAGGUACUUAUGACCUUCUUUAAUAUAAGGUAAUUGUAAAUGAGGUCCUCUUGUUCAAUCUUUAACCUUAUUCCUAUAUAUAGUGUGAUAGCGAACAAGGUAAGAUUGCAAAAAACACAUGCAAAUAAGUAUUUCUUAUCAACUUGUUGGUUAUAUUAUAAUGACUUGCGCUACUAUUUGUAAUUAUUAUUUUAAUUUUUUUAAGUUUCAAAUUAUAUACGAGUUUUAGUUAUAUAAUGUGGUGACAUACAUAUGGCAUGAAAAGUUAGAAUUCCUUAUGUAAAGUGUUGGGUUGAUUUCUAUAUACAUAUCGCAAUAAUACAAAUACAAGUUCUUGGUUAUGUAGACUUCGAAGAUUUUUUGUGUCUACAAAAUUGACAUUCCUGGAACGAUUUACCUUAAACUCACAAGAAUAAUUAUUCUAAUCACACUUUCAUGUAAUCUAAAUCUAAAAAGCAUAUGUUUACAAUUUUUGCGGUAAAAACUAGAAUACAACCAUUAAAAUAAUAUUUAAACUAAAAUAUCCUAGCAUUGCACUAGGAAUUCUAACCUUCACAGGACAUUGGAGUAUCCGGAAUUUUAAAUGUUACUGGGGCUUCACUCAUUGAUAUAUGAAUAUUUAUUACUGGGAAAACUAUGAAAAAAAAAAUGUAAAAUUUUAAUAGAUAGAUAAACUCGUGUGAAUUAUUUCUACAUUCAAUUACCGUAAAUUAUGUUAUUUUUUCCUGUGUCGAGGGAAAUCCGGCCUUAAUAAGUAAAUGAAACAAUUAUCGAUAUAGAAACGAGAUUAAUGUAUUUUGCAGCUAAAUUUAAAUAAACAAAUGUUGCCAUAAGUACAA